AUGGCUGAGGCCCUUGGAGUUGCGGCUAGUGGUAUCGCCAUUGCGCAGAUCAGUGCCCAAGUUGGUGGUGCCGUCUUCAAGCUUAAACAGCUCUGGAACGAGGUGAAGGACGUACCCGACGAUAUCGCCGACCUAAUUGAACAGCUUGAUUGCCUAUCUCCAGUUGUGUGGGAAGUUGAGAACAAUUUCAACCAAGGUAGCUUGCCAUCAAUUUUCUGGGAUCAACUGGCUUCCAAUUCAGCCACCACCUACUGCCGCAAGGCUCUCCAGAACCUGACUACCAUGGCCGACGAACUAAACCUACAAAUCGACAAUGCCAGGAAAGGUCAUAGGAAGAUAACAGCGUUCAAAGUCCUGCUAAAGAAGGAUUCGCUUAAGAGGCUGGAGAGGCGCCUUGAAAACGCCAUUAGGAUGUUAACUCUGGCUCAGCAGUCCUAUCUCGUUGCUCUCACACGCGUGCAACCAGAUAUAAUCGUUGCAAGGUUUACUACUCAUAAACUCAACGAAAACCGAACUCAAAUCCAGUCAGAUUCUGAACCCACGACCGAGCCGGGAAAAGGGGAGAUCCUCACUCGGCGUCAAAAGUGGCCGCAUCGAAAUGGUACCGCUGCUCAACCGCGUUGCGAUCGCCUUUCAAAAUCCACCAAACCAGGAAUCUUUGGUCAUAUCUCAGUGAAUCGUUUCGUCUCAGGAUACGGAAUUCUACUCCAACCUCCAACGUGGCUCUCAUGGCGAUCAUGGGAACUUCAUAGCAUCAGAGCACACGGCGAUUGGCAGUGGAAUCUACGCUCUUAUUACAUUAUUCCCAUGCAUCAUAGAGCAUUAGAUGUGUUAGGGAAUGGAUCUCCACGGGAUGUACAGAAACUCUUUGAUACAAGGUUAUUAUCUCCUUAUGCCGGGGAUCAAUGGGGAUUUACGCCCCUUCAUCGAGCGAUGAAUUAUGGCAAUUUUCAAGUUGUCAGGUACCUCUUAGAAGAUGUCGGUAUGAAUCCUUUGGAUCGUGAUAAUCGGGGACGCUAUCCAGCAGAUAUGCUGUCAUUAUGGCAGCCCAAGGAAAAGUUUACCGAACUACUAUCCGACAAAAUGCUCGCGAAAAAGUCUCUAAUAUUUUCCCGCUUGAACUACCUUGAAUAUGACGAUAACGAAGAGAUACAAAUAUCGCAUACAGAAUGCAACUGCUGCGUCAGGGCCAAAAGCGUAGAACUAUACAAAAUGCUUCUUCCAUAUCAAUGUCCAUCGCAUGCGAAUACAUCGCUCAGGUCACGGAUAAAUGCAGCUGGUCUAACUCUAACCGAAUCUAUCUACGAAGACAGCUUCAGUCCCGAAGUGGUCAAACUGAUUCUAGAGCCAGAAUGGAGUACCAAUCCUCAAGCGAUAUAUUCCAAUACACCCAAUCCGCUGAUAAGAUCAAUUGCUUUUAAGAUGGGUGAGGGUCAUUUUGACCGGCAUGCACAAGACUGGUUCACAUUUGCAAUCGACGUGGUCAGACUUACUCCGGACCUUCACACAACCUACCUACACGAAGAUCCAUUUCUUUAUAAUGUAUUUUUGGUACCAGGAAAUACGGCAUUAAUGUCCUUGGCCACUGGUCUCUUCUGGUAUAUUGCGCGUCGUGUUCCAUGGUGUUAUUUUCCCGCAGAGUUUGCCGAAGUGUUGAUUAGCUGGCUUGAAGUGCUGAAACGGGCGGGCAUCGACCUAGAUGUGUAUGGUUACCGUGAACACGAGAUAUUCGUCAAAAACGAUCAGCAUUUUUUUGAUCUCAGGUCUUACUUUCAGCCGUCUUUCUCUGCAUUUUAUUUAGUGGAUUUCAAGUUUGGCCCAGAACCGGAAGAUUGGGAGUUCUAUUGGGCCGAACCUACUGACGAAUUUGCUGGAGACUUUUGGGACUUGAUCGAGAAUCCGCCGCUGCAUAUUCCGGGGUCCUGGGUGGAUUAA